AUGGAGCAAUUCGGCGUCGCGGCAGCGCACUCGGGCGCAAUCAACCACAUCCACGUCAUCCACCUCGGGCCUGCCGCCGUGGACGUCAUCAGAGAGGUGCGGCUAGCCGUGACCAUCGUUGUCGUCGGCUGGAUCACGGUCACAGGAAUCCGGACGUUUUUCGACCGCAAGAAGCAGUGA